AUGAUGUCAGAAGCGAUGGAUAAAUUGAUGGAAACGCAUGUUGUAUUCGGCAAAAGAUAUCAAGUGGAUGUUUAUCAACAAAUUAAGCAACUUGCGAAAGUUUGUAAAGAUCUUGGAAGUAAUCGAAAGAAAUCGGAAAAAGAUCCAAACACGAAUUAUCUUGUUGAUGCUUUUUUGGAGAGGUUGAAAGAAUUGACUGAGGAAUCAUUGAUCACAUUGGAGAAAUUUAACAAAGAGGCUUCUCAAUGCAAAAUCCAGUGAAUUCAAAAAUGAUGAUUUUGGCAAGGUCAACCCUCGUCUUCCAACUUGUCGUAUUUGGAAUCAGCUUCCUGGCUCAACAAAAUCGAAAUUUGAUUGUCGAUGGAAGCCAAUAUAUGAAAGUAAGUGAGAAAAAUGCUGAUUUUCUAGAUAAAAUUCAAUGUUUCUAGAUAAAAUUCAAUGUUUUUCCGAUUGAAAAUCUGAAUUUCAUCUCCGUUUAUGAAAAAAAAAACAAAAUUUGAGUUCAAAAAUCUUCAGAAUUUUAGCGCUAAAAAUUAGAAACCCUUCAUAUUUGAAAAUACAAAUCAAUAUUUUUUCAGGAUUUCCCGGGAAUUCCAAGUCUUCCAAAAUCUUCGAAACAUCCGAAUUCUUGUCUGGAACAUUGAUGGAAUUUCAAAUUUGGUACGGAUUUUCUAUAUGGAAAAAAAAUUGUUUUGCUGAGAUUUGUUUAUUAGUCAAAAAAUGGGCUAUAAUGGUUUUUGAAAAUCUAACAUUUGAAAUAUUUCUGGUCAAAUGUUGAGUUCUGGAAUCAAUUUUUCACAAUUUUUUGACACAAGACGAAUUUCGGAUAAAAAUAGACCACUUUCAGUCGAAAAUUGGUUUUUUAAUUGAUUUUUCAACUUGGGACCUUGUUCUGCUGGAAAGUCGGUUCAGGUAUCGAUUAUUAACCGAUUUUGAGCUUUGGACUCGAAUUUUGAAAAUCAAAAUCGAGGUUUUUCAAACCAGAACCUCGGGGCAAGUUUUCAGAAUUUUCAGCCAUCUGAGUUCUCAUGAGAAUUCAAAAAACCAUAUAUUCCAUUAAAAUAAUUGAAAUUCACCGAAAAUCGAUAUUUUUGUAUGAAAAAUGUACAUUUUUCCCUUAAAAAAUCCCAUUUCAUUCCAUAUUUCAGCUAACUUCACCCAAUUUUUAUCUCAUUUUUUUUCAGAUUCGAAGAAGAACGUGGCAAAUUGUAUCAACAACUCGACAAAAAAAAUGA